AUGUUAUUGAUCUUCUUGCUCGUCAACAAAAAACAAAACAUUUUCGUUUGCCUACUUUCAGAAUCGAGACCAGAGCUGUAUGAAGAAAUAAAGUUAUACAGAAAUGCCCGGGAACGUGAAAAGCAUGACAACAUGGCGGAGUUGUAUGCUGUAGUGAGCACACUACAACAUCUAGAGAAGGCUUAUAUGAGGGAUUGUGUACGAGCACAAGAGUAUACAGCAGCUUGUAGUAGACUUCUUGUUCAAUACCGUGUUGCAUUCAAGCAAGUACAGGGUGAUGAAUUCCCCACUAUUGAGAGUUUUGUCAGUAAAUUCAGGUUAGACUGCCCUGCUGCUCUUGAGAGGAUAAGAGAAAAUAAACCCAACUUGAUAAAAGAUGAUAAGGGUAAUACUAAUAAAUACAUUGCUGAGAUUGUAUCUCUAUUUAUAACACUCAUGGAUAAGUUACGACUGGAUUUACGAGCUAUGGAUAUGAUUCAGCCAGAGUUAAGAGAACUUAAAGAUGCCAUGGACUGCCUGACGAUGCUUCCUGAGGACUUUAUUGGAAAAAUUAAGGUACAUGAAUGGCUAGAAACGUUAUCUGCAAUGUCAGCAUCUGAUGAACUAUCUGAGGCUCAGGCGAGGCAACUUGUGUUUGAUCUCGAAACGUCGUUGGGAGCCUUUAAUAAAACACUACAUUAA